ACAACUACUGCUCCUUCAACAACUACUGCUCCUACAACAACUACUGCUGAUACUACGUCAACUCCUGCUCCUACAACAACUACUGCUCCUACAACAACUACUGCUCCUACAACAACUACUGCUCCUACAACAACUACUGCUCCUACAACAACUACUGCUCCUACAACAACUACUGCUCCUACAAAAACUACUUCUGAUACUACGUCAACUCCUGCUCCUACAACAACUACUGCUCCUACAACAACUACUGCUGAUACUACGACAACUCCUGCUCCUACAACAACUACUGCUGAUACUACGACAACUACUGUUCCUACAACAACUACUGCUCCUACAACAACUACUGCUGAUACUACGACAACCCCUGCUCCUACAACAACUACUGCUGAUACUACGACAACUACUGGUCCUACAACAACUACUGCUCCUACAACAACUACUGCUGAUACUACGUCAACUACUGCUCCUACAACAACUACUGCUCCUACAACAACUACUGCUGAUACUAUGACAACUACUGCUGAUACUACGUCAACUACUGCUCCUACAACAACUACUGCUCCUACAACAACUACUGCUGAUACUACGUCAACUCCUGCUCCUACAACAACUACUGCUCCUACAACAACUAAUGCUCCUACAACAACUACUGCUGAUACUACGACAACUACUGCUGAUACUACGUCAACUACUGCUCCUACAACAACUACUGCUCCUACAACAACUACUGCUGAUACUACGUCAACUCCUGCUCCUACAACAACUACUGCUCCUACAACAACUACUGCUCCUACAACAACUACUGCUCCUACAACAACUACUGUUCCUACAACAACUACUACUCCGACAACAACUACUGCUGAUACUACGUCAACUACUGCUCCUACAACAACUACUGCUCCUACAACAACUACUGCUGAUACUACGUCAACUCCUGCUCCUACAACAACUACUGCUCCUACAACAACUACUGCUCCUACAACAACUACUGCUGAUACUACGUCAACUCCUGCUCCUACAACAACUACUGCUCCUACAACAACUACUGCUCCUACAACAACUACUGCUGAUACUACGUCAACUCCUGCUCCUACAACAACUACUGCUCCUACAACAACUACUGCUCCUACAACAACUACUACAACAACUACUGCUCCUACAACAACUACUGCUGAUACUACGACAACUCCUGCUCCUACAACAACUACUGCUGAUACUACGACAACUCCUGCUCCUACAACAACUACUGCUGAUACUACGACAACUACUGCUCCUACAACAACUACUGCUCCUACAACAACUACUGCUGAUACUACGUCAACUCCCGCUCCUACAACAACUACUGCUGAUACUACGUCAACUACUGCUCCUACAACAACUACUGCUCCUACAACAACUACUGCUGAUACUAUGACAACUACUGCUGAUACUACGUCAACUACUGCUCCUACAACAACUACUGCUCCUACAACAACUACUGCUGAUACUACGUCAACUCCUGCUCCUACAACAACUACUGCUCCUAGAACAACUACUGCUCCUACAACAACUACUGCUGAUACUACGACAACUACUGCUGAUACUAUGACAACUACUGCUCCUACAACAACAACUACUGCUCCUACAACAACUACUGCUGAUACUAUGACAACUACUGCUCCUACAACAACUACUGCUGAUACUACGUCAACUACUGCUGAUACUACGACAACUACUGCUCCUACAACAACUACUGCUCCUACA